AUGAUACGGGCAGAGAGAAAUAAAAGUGGGGCCACGUUCACUCUCCUGGGCUUCUCAGAUUACCCAGAACUGCAGGUCCCCCUCUUCGUGGUAUUUCUGGCCACCUACAGUGUCACUGCGGUCGGGAACAUUGGGAUGAUAGUGAUAAUCAAAAUUAACCCUAAACUGCACACUCCUAUGUACUUUUUCCUCAGCCACCUGUCCUUUGUGGAUUUCUGCUAUUCCUCCAUAGUUGCUCCCAAGACCAUGGUGAACCUAGUGGUUGAAGACAGAACCAUUUCAUUUGUAGGCUGUAUGACACAGUUCUUUUUCUUUUGCACCUUUGUGGUGACUGAAUCUUUUCUGUUAGCUGUGAUGGCCUAUGACCGCUUCGUGGCCAUUUGCAACCCUCUGCUCUACACGGUCGCCAUGUCCCAGAAGCUCUGCACCACGCUGGUGGUGGUAUCAUACGCCUGGGGAGUGGCCUGCUCCUUGAUACUCACCUGUUCUGUUACCAAAUUAUCGUUUUGGGGUUUCAACACUCUCAAUCACUUCUUCUGUGAGUUCUCCUCACUGCUCUCCCUUUCUUGCUCUGACACGUAUCUCAACCAGUUGCUGCUUUUCAUUUUUGCCACCUUCAAUGAAGUCAGCACACUAUUCAUCAUUCUCACGUCUUAUGUUUUUAUUGUUGUCACCAUCCUCAAGAUGCGUUCGGCCAGUGGUCGCCGCAAAGCCUUCUCCACCUGUGCCUCCCACCUGACGGCUAUCACCAUCUUUCACGGCACCAUCCUCUUCCUCUACUGUGUGCCCAACUCCAAAAACUCCAGGCACACAGUCAAAGUGGCGUCAGUGUUUUACACUGUGGUCAUCCCCAUGUUGAAUCCCCUGAUCUACAGUCUGAGAAAUAAGGAUGUCAAGGAUACAGUCAGCAAGAUCUUGGACUCUAAAGUCUUUUCUUACUGA